AUGGUGCGGUCACGAGAGGGAAGAGCAUGAAUGCUAAUGCUCAAGCAGUGCACAAAAACUUUCUCCACUGACAUCCUUAGGAAAUUUUUGGUUGUUGGACGUUUUUAGUUUUGGUUAAAGGUCAGCAGAAAUGGCCUCUCAUGGUUUAAGCUUAGGAUUACCAACAACUUACAUUUCAUCAAAAACCGAACUACAAUUUGGAUUCAAGUCGUUGGCUUCACGAGCUUUAAGAAUACCCAACAGGGUUUCUUUGUCAGUACGUGCAAUGGGCUCCUCGGCUUCUUCACAGAAACCUGACAGGAUUCAAGGUGCAAUGGGCUCCUCGGCUUCUUCACAGAAACCUGACAGGAUUCAAGGAAGCAUCGACUAUAAAUCUAUAAGUGAUGAAGAAUGGAAGAAGCGACUCACAGGGGAACAAUUUUAUGUUGCUCGUCAAAAGGGAACAGAGAGGGCUUUCACUGGGGAAUAUUGGAACAAGAAAACCCCUGGAACUUACGAUUGCAUAUGUUGCGACACACCUUUAUUCGAAUCAUCUACAAAAUUUGAUAGUGGAACUGGUUGGCCUUCUUAUUACCAGCCUAUUGGAAACAAUGUCACGUCGAACUUAGAUUUGUCGAUUAUUUUCAUGCCUCGCCAGGAAGUUAUUUGUGCUGUUUGUGAUGCCCAUCUUGGCCAUGUCUUUGAUGAUGGCCCACCUCCCACAGGAAAGCGUUAUUGUAUCAAUAGUGCUUCCCUGAAACUAAAACCGAAGCAGUAGACGAGCAAACAAGCAUACCAGAAGGAUAUAUGAUUGCUUGAGUUGGAAAUAUAAACUUAGUCUGAUAAAAUAUAAAAUGUCUUAUUGUGCCAGUAUGAAAAAAAUUAACAGAACAGUGAAAUGGAAAUAUCAGAUGUUUGUAAUAGUGGCCUUUGGUAUAGCAUGUUCCUAAAUGCAACAACAUUGUCUAUUUUUGAAAGCU